ACCUAUAAAUAAACCAAAACACAUUUUCCCCAACCCCAUAUUCUAUUCUCUGUUUCUUUUUUAUUUCUAUUCCUCUGUUUCUCUCCCCCAAAUUCUCAUUCAAUUCUAACCAAAUCCUCAAUAACACAUUGUAACCUUUUCAAAUUCAUCAAUAUGGGAUCUGGGUUUUCUUCAUUUCUCGCUAUCUCUAGCACCUCCCCUGUUUCACAAGAAACAGGGCUGGGUGAUUUGCCGGAGAGUGUGGUGGGCUCUGUUCUUGUGCACUUAAACCCGCAGGAGAUUUGUCGGGUUGCAUCGAUUAAUCGGGCUUUUCGCGGUGCUUCGUCUGCUGAUUUCGUGUGGGAAUCGAAAUUGCCGGAAAAUUAUUGCUCUGUUUUCAAAUGGAUCUUUAAGAAUAAUGAUGAUAAGAAUGAUAAUAUUUUGGUGGAUUUGUGUAAGAAGGAUGUUUAUGCAAGAUUGUCUCGAGCUAAUUCCAUUGAUGGAGACACAAAGAAAGUUUGGUUACACAAGGGUACAGGAAAGCCUUGUGUGUCGAUAUCUUUUAGCGGGUUAUCGAUAACGGGCAUUGAUGAUCGGAGAUACUGGAGUCGAAUUUCAACCGAGGAAUCUAGAUUUGGUUAUGUGGCCUAUCUUCAACAAACUUGGUGGUUUGAAGUUGAUGGAGAAGUGGAGUUCCCGUUCCCUGUUGGAACUUACAGUCUCUACUUCCGCCUACAACUUGGGCGGCCCGGCAAGCAGUUUGGGCGGCGGGUCUGCAACCGUGAGCACAUUCAUGGGUGGGACAUAAAACCAGUGAGAUUCCAGUUGGCAACUUCAGAUGGUCAACAAGCAAUAUCUCAAUGCUACUUGACCAAACCGGGGGCGUGGAAUCUUUAUCAUGCUGGCAGUUUUGUGGUCGAGGACUCCAAAUCGCCGAUGAAGGUUAAGUUCUCGAUGAUGCAGAUCGAUUGUACGCAUACUAAAGGUGGACUGUGUGUGGAUUCUGUGCUCAUUUGUCCCAAGUGAAGGGAGUUUUUGUUGUUGAGUUAGGAGGUUUGAAGCAAGUUUUUUUAUGUGCAAAUAACCUUUGUGUAGAUAGAGAGUAUCUUAUGAAGUUGAUCGAUGUUUAACAUCGAGCUAGUUUUAAGUAAUGAACCAUGGGAACCGUAUAAAGUAUAUGUACUAGUAGUGGGUAGAUGUAGUGAGAGAGAACGAGGAAGAUAGCGGGUUAUGUGGUUAUAAUUGUUUUCUGUAUCACAUUUAUAGUAACAUAUAUACAUGCUUAUGCGAUUCUCGUAA